UCGUGUCGAACCUUACGGCUGCAAAAGUACAAAAUGAAAUGCAAGUGAUCAGACAAAAAAAGGGGCUGACUAUCAGACAUAGUUUUUCUUUUGGCCGUGCAAGUGUGCUGCGACUUACACUGUGAUUUACACUGUAAAAAGCGCCGACAUCCAUUUUUCACUGGUGCCAGCAGUAUUUUUGAAGGUUUUUUCAACAUGAAAUGCGAUAUGCAAAAAGCAUGAAGCCACACCUUGAUUGGGGAGAUGAAAAAACACCUUGUCCAAAUCCGGCAUUACUCUGUUCAUAUUCGACUUCUUCGCGCUGAUUUUUUCGAAAAAGCCGUUUGUUUGAACAUUUUUUUGCAUAAAGCAAGCGCGCUUUAUCAGAAACACAGGCAGGCUCCGCGUUUUCGACUCGUCUGACGUUUGCUUGUGUUGUUUUCGCUCAGAGAACCCCCGGUCUGCAGCCUCAAACGUUGAAGAGCUUUGUUAUGCUUUGUUCAUCUUUAACUCCUCAAAGCAUGUUUAGUCAAAAAACCAAACAUGGCCUGUUUGGGACCUCAAUGUGCAACUCGGAGGUCGAACUCCAGAUUGGCCUGAAGGACUACGACACACAGCGAGACAAGCGUUUUGCAGGCACAAUCAAGCUGCCACAUGUGCCUCGACCUCGCUUGAAGGUCUGUGUGCUGGGUGAUGCUGUGCAUUGCGAACAAGCUCAGAGGGCUAACAUCCCUUUCAAGAGCGUCGAGGACCUGAAGAAACUCAACAAGAAUAAGAAGAUGGUGAAGAAGCUGGCCGAUAGCUUCGAUGCCUUUCUGGCCUCGCAGGUGCUCAUUCCACAGAUUCCCAGAUUGUUAGGGCCUGGCCUCAACAAGGCUGGAAAGUUCCCGACUUUGGUGCAGCACUCUGACAACUUGGAGACCAAGGUGACAGAGGUGAGGAGUCAGGUGAAGUUUCAGCUGAAGAAGGUCUUGUGCAUGGGUGUGGCGGUUGGCAACGUGCAGAUGACGCCAGAUGAGCUCAGGCAGAAUUGCUUGAUGGCCAUCAACUUUCUGGUCUCCUUGCUGAAGAAGAAUUGGAACAAUGUGAAGCGCUUGCACAUCAAGUCGACCAUGGGCAAGCCUUUCACCAUCUACGGCUAAGCGAUGCCAUGCUAAGCAAAGUCGAGCAACGCCAGUCGAGCACAGUCCACGGUGAAGCCUUAAAGCCCAGUGAAAAAAACGGCGGCUGGGUAGAUAGAUUGGUAGAUGGAGGUAGUGAUGGAGGUAGUGGCGCUUCUCUUCGGCAACAUGUCGUGCUUGGACGGUGAAGUGCUUUUCUGGCUUAUCCGCUCACACAGCGAUGGGUUUGCCAAGACCACUUGGACCAUGCCAACUGCAUGUAUUACUG